AUGGCGGAAGACACCCGCCCGGACAAGAAGCACGAUACAUGGUCCGCUGCUAACUACCAAAAGACCGCUUCUUUCGUGUUCUCGAAUGAGUUCACUGCUCCCGUCCUCACCCUGUUGGACGCCAAACCAGGCGAGAGGAUCAUCGAUGUUGGCUGCGGAAGCGGCGAGGUCACGCUGCAGAUCCAACAACUGGUGGGAGAAACGGGAGUUGUACACGCGUUCGUGGGCGACGCACAGGCUAUAGAUAUCCCAUCCACCUGGGAUGCAUCACUGAAGAAUUACGACGCGGUAUUCUCCAACGCUGCGUUGCACUGGUGCAAGCAGAACCCGAGGGGCGUCGUCGAAAGCGCGAAGCGCCUAUUGAAGCCUGGGGGUCGCUUCGUCGUCGAGAUGGGCGGACAGAUGAAUUGCAUCGGUGUGAGGGCGGCCCUCCACCAUGUUCUCCGGAACCGCGGCUACAAGCCAGAAGAGCUCGACCCGUGGUACUUUCCAUCUACCGCUGACUAUAAGAGUUAUCGUUUCCGACCGUUAACUAUCGCCGACGUACAGUUGCUCGAAUCCGCCGGAUUCGACGUGCAGACCAUCUCACUCCACCCUCGCAUUACCCCGCUGAACGGUGCUGUGAUCGACUGGCUGCGCCUGUUCGCCCGUCCGCAUUUCCUGGCGAACAUGGUUGACAAGGAGGCCGAGGAGAUCAUGGAGGCCGUGCAAGAGAUGUGUGCCGUGGACUGCCGGGAUUCGCAGGGAAGAUGGAGCAUGGUGUACAUCCGUCUGAGAUUCGUUGCGGUUUCGCGAGCAUAG